AUGUCAUCGUCGCGGGGCCUCUCGGGGCGGAGGAAAAAGAAGUCCCUGAGCGAGGUCCUGAACGAACAGUUAGGCAACGGCGGCGCGGGGCGGCGCGGGGAGGAGGCAUGGGACGACUUUGGCGGCGACGCCCCCAAAAUUGACGACUACCACGAGGAGGGCGACUACGACGACGACGAGGAGGCGGUGGAGUCGGCGGCGAAGCGGGGCCGAACCGAGCGCCCGCGGGAGCCAAAGCAACGGCAGCUGCGACGCCGCGGCCCGCUGGACGCCUCCCUGUCGACGGGCGAGUACGCCGCCACACCGGUGGACGUGGAGGCCGCGAUGGAUGACAUAUUUGGCGCACUCGAGAUGAACGACGCGGACGAAGACGAGACGAACUUUUUGGGCUCAUACACGCACGGCUCGGGGGGCGAUGAAAUCCACGAGGAUGGCGAUUCAUCGGCGGCGGCCGAAGCUGCGGCUGAGAAGGCUCGUGGGAAGAAGCGGAAGCGUGCGGGUGGCAAACCAGAGACGGAGGAGGCCUACAUCGCCUGGCUUGAGGCGCAGCAAAGGAAGAAGCGGGCGGGGCGCCGCCGCGACGCCGCCGGCGGGGAUGAGGAUGGCAUUCUUGAGCAGCUCGAGUCGUUGCGAAACGCACAGAUGGAACUAGUGGCAAAGGAGACACAGGAGGACGACGUCGAGGAUCUGCGGGCGAGGCAGCGCCAGCGUGCACAGGCCGCGGUGAGGCACUACGUGAUGGUUUACUCGCAGCUGCUUCGCGUGCGCAUCAAGAUGCAGCCCUGCGUUUCGCGGGCGCUGGCGCUCCCGCAGUACUACGCCCUCCCUGACUUCCUGCAGUCCGGUGAGGCAGAAGUAAAGCAUAGCAUCGAGAUGGUGACCGACUACCUCAACGACCUCCUUGGUGUCUUUUACCUGCUCGCGACAGACGACAAGGAGGUGAAGGCGGGGGAUGGCGCCUCGUUGAGCUUCAAAGACGUCAAUGCCUCUCACCGACGCAUGAUGCGAAACGUUGACGCCUGCGUCGAGUACUGGGGAGCCAAGCUUGCGCAACCAAACAGUGUGAAGCUGCGCACCGUGGCACAGCCGCUACUGCAGCAAAUUCACGCCGUGCUCAAGAGCAAGACGCGGCUGCGGGCAAAGGUGCAGAAAAACCGGUCCCACGCGACCAUUUUGGGUCACCCCGAGCACUACCAGAUGUCUCAGUCGGCUGAGGGAAAGGCCGCACGGGCCCUGCACAUUGCGGAGGGAGACAUUGACGAGGAAAUCUACGAGGAUGCAGAUUUUCUUCGCGAGGUGGUGAAGCGUGGCGGGGUGGCGAAGCUGGAGCAGCAGCUUCAGGAGCUUCAGCGCAGCCUGCAAUCCGACGAGGCACCGGCCAAGCGUGGGUUUCAUCGACUCACAAAAGGCAAGGCUGUGAACUACGAGCCCCGGCCGAAGUUGGUGGGGUUCCUCUUGCCUGUGCCGUACGUGCUGAGCGGCCAACAUGAGGUUAUGGUCAACUCACUGUUUCAAUAG